AUGAGCGCAUAUCUAACAAAUUUGUCUUACGAGAAUGCAGUCUAUGCAACAGGAGCGGGGGUAAGCGAUUCUGAUGUUCAAGACUUACAGAUUGUGGAGAACUGGCUUAACCGUCCCGCAAGUGAGUGGGCAGUACAGAAAAUUGGAGUUUUUCAGUCGAAAAUCGAGCAAUAUUCUUAUAGAAUCUAUCACAGCAGUAGAUACGGAAAGCACCCAAUUGCUAAACUUAUCCCUGCUUUCACACUAAUACAGUAUGCUAACGAGGCAUUAGGAUACGACGGGUGGUCCCUUGAGGUUACAAACGUGAAUGUAACGAGCUGUCGAGAAAUAGGUGGAGAGGCAAGAGCUGUGAACUCAGGUGAAUCGACCGUUGAGCUUAAAUACGAGGUUCUUACUGAAGCACACGUCAAGGUUGUUUUGAAAGACGGCACUUAUACUCAGUCCGAGGGCUUCGGGAAAGCCGUUGCGUUAAGCAAGAGUGACUGCUUCAAUAAGUCAAAAAAAGAAGCAAUCAACAACGCUUUAAAGAAGAGUUUCUUGAAAUUUGAGACCAUGGUCCUGGACCACGAGAAGAAAGUAGCCAGCAACUAUUAUGUAGAUGGCCUCUAUGGUUCUAAACAGUGGAGUAAGCAGUCAAGCUAG